AUGCAAAUUGCAGCGCUUCCCUAUGAAUUGCUUCUACAGGAAAUAGUGCAUCUCUCAGCAAAAGGACUAAAGGGCCAUAGAAACAUCAUAUCAUCAAAUGAUCAAAAUCCACAGACUCUAGAAAUUAGUCAAUGUAGUUCGGCAAACAUAGAGGCUAGUCAACAUACAUCUGGAAAAUCUUCUCCAGACAAUAAGGAGGCAUCAAAGCUGGAAGAAAUCGGAAAAGAGAUAGGGAUGCGCUUUUCAGAAAGGAAUGGCGCUAGUUUUUCGGAAGAACUUGAGGCGAUCAAGUGCAUAUGCAGGGACCUUUGGCCGAUCAUCAAUGGGUACAAAUUUCCCAUCGAGAAUUUGAAAACAAAUCAUCAGGGCACAUAUGUCCUCGGAUGGAAGGCUGCAGAUGCGACCCAGAGAUAUGUUCCCAAUCCCAUUAUUGUUGGCAUUGUUGUUGGGUUUCUUUCUUCCCUUGGAAUCCAUGUUUCUGCAACAGGAUAUCCCGGGUCGUUGCACCUGACCCGCAUUUGA